AUGAAAUCCAAAACCUCGGUCCUCAUUGCCGGCGCCGGCCCCGUCGGCCUCUUGAUCGCCCUCCGCCUCGGCCAAGCGGGCAUCGACACCCUGCUCGUCGAGAAGCACGCGGCCCUCCAGCCCGCCACGCGCGCAGUGGUCUAUAUGCCCGUGGUGAUCCCCGUGCUGACCAAGCUCGGCAUCUUUGACGCGGUCCGAAACGAGGCGUUCCUCAACACCGAAGGCAUCGCAUGGCGAGACGCCACUGGGCGAGCGCUGGGGCGGUUACGUCUGGGUCUCGGCGACGGCGAGGAGGCCAGUGAUGGCCACUUCGGCGGCGUCCUCCUCCUGGGCCAGUGGAAGAUGGCGCGGCUGAUCCUGGACGAGAUCGCAAAGUAUCCGUGCGUGGAGGUGUGUUUUGGGGUCGAGUGCGUGGGCGUGGGUGUGCAAGACCCGCAUCAGCCGCAUCCCGCCACGCAUGCCUCUGCGCCAGGGACAGCGACAGCAACCGAGACCGAGACGUCAGCCACCGUGACGCUGCACGAGCGAGCCACCGGUGUGGAGACACUGAUCGAAGCGACGUACGUGGUCGGCGCGGACGGGGCCAACAGCAGCGUGCGCCGCCUCAUGGGCGUCCCCUUCACCGGAUUCUCGUACCCCUGGAAGAUGAUCGGCGCGGAUGUCCUCUACGAUUUCGUGGCGGAGGAGGGGUACUCGCCCCUCAAUUUCAUUGUCGACCGCGUCGACUGGGCGGUCGUGGCCUUCACGGGCGAGGAGGAGGGCGGACGGCGUCACGGCAGCGGAGGGAGGCCCAUGUGGCGGGUCGCCUAUGUCGAAGACCCGGACCUGCCCUCAGGGAGGGACGACUACGUGGCGCGCGCCCUCGCAAGGAUCCCCCUCUGUUUCAUGACCCGGGGGAGUAAAGAGUUCGAGCUUCUGCGCGCGGAGCCCUACGUGAAUUCUCAGAAGUGUGCCGCGCUGGCGCGCAAGGGUCGAGUCAUGCUCGCGGGUGAUGCACUCCAUUCAAACAACCCGAUCGGCGGCCUCGGCCUCACAGGGGGUAUCUGUGAUGCCUUUGCGUAUGGGAAUGCCCUGGUCCGCGUCCUCAAGCGAGGCGAGCCCGACUCGUUAUUGACAGAGUGCGCGGAGAACCGACGGCAAACGUGGUUGACCGUGACGGACGUGUUAUCCCAGGCCAAUAUCCAACGGCUGUAUCGAUUCGACGACGAAGGGAUCGCGGCUCGCGACGCGUUUCUGAAAAAGGCGAACGAGGAUGCCAACUUUGCCCGGGAGGUCCGAAGAGGGUUGGAUAAGAUGCUGUCGGACUCGUUCGAGUAG